CGCUGCUUUUCUUCUCCCACAAUACCUCGUGCUCGUCCUUUCCAGCUUGGUCCCGGCGGUGUGAGUAUGGGCGCUUGGUCUGACCUUCAGUAAUCUGGCUCCAUCCUCUUCCGGGAUUGCGUUCACCGAGACAGCGGGAUGGCUCCCGCGAAGAAGGGUAGCGAGAAGAAGAAGGGCCGUUCUGCCAUCAACGAGGUGGUGACCAGAGAAUAUACCAUCAACAUUCACAAGCGCAUCCAUGGAGUGGGUUUCAAGAAGCGUGCUCCUCGGGCACUCAAAGAGAUCCGGAAAUUCGCCAUGAAGGAGAUGGGGACUCCAGAUGUACGCAUCGAUACCAGGCUCAACAAGGCCGUCUGGGCCAAAGGGAUCAGGAAUGUCCCAUACCGUAUCCGGGUGCGGUUGUCCAGAAAACGUAACGAAGAUGAAGAUUCACCUAACAAGCUCUAUACAUUAGUUACCUAUGUGCCUGUCACCACUUUCAAAAAUCUACAGACAGUUAAUGUGGAUGAGAACUAACUGCUGAUUGUCGAAUAAAGAUACAAAACUGCCUUUGAGGUUUGGUUUCUCGUUUCUGGUUGCAAUGUAAUAACUGUGUAUCUUAAAGUAGUUCCCAAUUAUAGAAUCACUUGGAAAGCUUUUCCUAAGUAC